AUUAUACGAAAAGUAUUCACAUAGCUCCGUCGUGUUGUGAUUUUUUCCCACUGCGCCGUGCACAGUGCUUUGGUCUUCCGUUUGCCGUAUUCGAGAUAUCAACAUACAUACAAGAUGUUCACACGACGUACUGAAUAAUACACGAUAUUAGUUAUUUUAUAUUAUGGGCAUUUUGUACGCGUAGAAUUAGAUAAUAAAUACAAUAUUGUGAGGAAUUUCAAUUUGCUCAUCAAGUGCGUCGAUAGAUUUUUUCGAAUUCAUUUUAUUAAACGCAGACGUUCGGCUGUUUAACUUUUUUGUCUUUUUUUCUUGCUCGAUAGCGGACGUCCGCCAAAUCGGCUGAUAACUAAUAUGCAUAUGUGCUAAUUAAUUCGUCUUAUUUUUACUUUUACUUUUUCAACAAUCUCUAGUAUAUAAAAACUAUUUUUCGCGGAGUUUUUGUAUAAUUAAAUAAGAUAACAAAUUUGUGGCCAUCUACACUUGACACACAUGUCUUCGUCUCUGGCAAUAGUUGGUCACAACAGUUGUCACUCAGCCGGACAUCUCACUGGCAGAAUUCGGCUUUUGAAGGUUGUAUGCUUGUUGUAAGCCGAAGACGUAUCGACAUGAACACAAGUAGCUUCUGUAAUACAAUAAUCAGACACAUCGAUUUUGUAACAUUGUCAGAGGAUUAUUACAACGAAAGACGAUACAACUGUGGCAGUCGCUGUUUCAAUGGCAGCUGCUGCUGCAGCUGGAACUACCGCAACAUCACCGUCUAGCUUAAGUAGUGAUGUUAAGGUCCAUCAAGAAAAUGAACAAGAACAAAGGUUAAAAAACAAUAGUAGUAGAAGUAGUAGUAGCAGGAGCAGUAGUAGUAGCAGCAGUGGUGGAAUCCCCAGUCCAAAAUCAGUUACAAGUGGUGGAAAUGGCUCAGUAGAAAGUGAAUAUUCUGAAACAAAAAGAGUGCCUAGUAACUCAGGAUUACCAAAAACUGUUGAAUCUACUACUAAUAAUACAGAUACAAUUGGUGGGCGAUUGACUUUUUAUAAGGAUGGAAAGUUUAUCUUUGAAUUGGCUCAUCAACGAAUGUGUGGUAUUGAUGAAACGUGUCGUUGGAUACCAGUUAAACAUUCUAAAACUCACCAACAGGUUCAACAGAGAUAUAAUAGUGACAACAAAAAGUCUUGGCCAGGAAUAUUGACUAAUUCUAAAGAAGGUCUUGCUUCUGAUGAUAUUUCCACAGUACUACCCAACUCUAUGUUCAAACAACAUGUUUUUAAAAUAAAAAGACAGCGAAAAAUGAAGAUUCCUAAUCGUCAAAUCAACUGUCACAUGGAAUUUUUAAUGAAAGCAAGGAAAAAAUUUAAGUUACUGAGGAUUAUAAGAAGCCACAUUGGUAGGAAACGAAAAUUCAAUUAUGUGAUUAAAGAAGAUUUUUGUAAAAACAAAGAAAAAACUAAUGGACUAAUAGAAGAAAAGACUGUUCAAUUAGGCAAUAUAGGUCAAAAAAAGAUAAAGAAAAAAGCUCAACCUUUAUAUGCUGUAGUGCAUGCUUUAUGGGAACUAGUUGUAUUAAAAGAGAGUAAACAUCAAAAUAAUGGAGAUACUUCUUUAGAUUGUCGUCCAUUUAUAGCUGCUAAUAUGUCACCUCGUAAACAUCGUUUACUGAGUAACAACACUGAUGAUUGGGUACAGAAUAAACAGCCAUUAGCAUCAUCUCCUCCUGUUGAUUUUAGCCCGAAUAGUAAAAAGUAUUGCCGUAGAAAUGUUUCUUCUCCAGCUGCUGCUAGUACUCCAUCUGUGAUAAAUGGUUUAAGCAGCAAAGAUGACCAUAAAGUAAAAGCCAACAAUCAUAGUAUCAAUGCCAUAUUAGCUUCUACACCUAUUAAUGUACCUCAUAUUAGCAAUAAUGAUUUAGCAUUAACAGAUGAACCUAUUAUUUCAAACCCUCAAGGUUUAUCAUUAUUGCGAACACUUUUAAGAUCUCCAGGACCAAAUACCAAUGGAUCUACCAGUGUAGUUUCAAAUACAAUGCCUGAACGGUUAUCGCCCCAUAACAAACAAAGGCAUAAAGUGUUCUCUCCACCCAUAAUUCAGUCUCCCAAAAGACAGAUGUAUCAUCAAACUGUUGAAAAUUUAUUGAAGCAUAGCAAAGAUGGUAUUCCUGAAACUAACAAUUUAGAUUCAAUUCGAAAUAUAAUUUUAAUGGAUCAGCGAUUACAUCAUCCUAAUUUUAACUCACUGACUGUCACUUCAAAUAAUCUUCAUCAUCCAUCUUUAUUCCAUCCACAGUAUCAUUUGCAACAACCAACUCCUGCUCAUUUAUCUGUACCAAGAACCUCGAGUUGGUCACCAUCACAUCUCUUUGGUACAAGUCUGUCUCCUAAUUAUCCUAAUAUGAUGCUACUGCCAUCCUCUCAUCAUCAUUCAUCAACUCCUUCUUCAUUACAACAGUCACCUCACUCUCCUUUAAUUGUAGCUCCCUAUUCACCAUGUUCUCCUAUAACCUCUUCAACAUCUGUGUCUUCCUCUUUGUUUAGUAGUCCUUCUUAUCAUCAGCAACCCAGGCAUCAUAGGGUAGUAUCUCCUAGUAAUUUGUUGUUUAAUCAACAUCAUAAACAUACUAGUAACUCCAAUUUAUCUUCUGCUACUGUAGAUAUUGCAGGCACUUCUGAUGACAUAGAUGUCCCUCUGAAUCUUUCCAAGAACUGUUCAACUUCAUCAGCUGCUAGGUAUUAAUAAAAAUGUGUUAUUGUUGAUAAUAAUCAACCAACAAAAUGACUGUCUUUUAUUAAAUUUAUUAUAAUUUUAUAAGUUAGGAUAUUGUUAAAAAAUUGAAAAUCACAUUGUGCCUUACUAUACAUACUUAGCUGUAUGUAGUAGCAACAUAUAUUAUAUUUUUUUCUUAAUUAAAUGUUCGAGUAAGAUAGUCUAUUUAGUAUUUUACUAUUUGAUUUGGAUUGGUGUGUAUUUUGUGUAAAGAAAUUAAUAAAAAAAAAUGUAUUGAAAUAAUGUAUAUUUGAAUAAUAUUUAUUAUUAUUGUGUAUUGACUGUAUAUUUAUACACCAUCCAUGUAUUUAGUACUAGUGUAUUAUAUAGUAAAAAGAACAAAUAAACAAAGAAUAUUUAUUUUUAAUUUUUAUAUUUUGGAAUCAUUUCAAAAUUAUGUUGUUACAUUUAUUAAAAUUGUCUUAAAUCGAAUCUAUAUACACUUACAGCUAAUUAUAUUCGCGAGCACAAAAAAAUUCAUCAAAAAAUAACAUUUUCAAAACGUUGUAAUGGAGAUAUAAAUAGUUAUUAGUGUUUUAAUGGUGAAGUCAUAAUUUUGAUGUCUUAACAGAAACAAAAAUAUUUAAAUAUAUAUGUAUGUAGUGGGAAACAAUCGCGCAUUAUAAAUCAAUGUAUAAAAAAAAUUAAAAUAGUAAAAAAAAAAAAAA